UGUCGCCUGCAGGGAGGAUCUCUGGGAGCGCCUCUGCAGCACACAUGAAAGUUGAAGCUGCGGGGAGAAGUUUCACAGAACCGCACAGGAGGAGGCUCCAUCACAGCUCCAGCUCAUCAUUAAAACUGCUGCUGGUGGUUUGUGCUGGUCUCCAGGUUCUGUCUGAAGUCUUUAGAACCUGAGUGUGGAAUCAUGAAGGAUCAAAACUUAAACGCGGAAGUGAUGAAGAUCCUGGAAGACGCUCCGAGCGCCAGAAAGGCUCUGAGGGAAAACUGUGAUAACCUGCUCAAUGUGGCCGACUACUGCUGCAGCAACUACAUACAGGCUGGUGAGGGCAGCAUGAAGGCGUUGGAGGAAACUAAAAAGUUCACCACCCAAUCACUGGCCAGCGUUGCCUACCAGAUCAGCACUCUGGCCAGUAGUGUCCUGAAUCUACUUGAUGCUCAGACCAAUCAGCUUCGCCACCUGGAGUCUUCCAUCAAUCUGAUUGGUCAGACCGUGGAGAUGCACAAAGAGAAGGUUUCCCGGAGGGAGAUCGGCGCGUUCACUGCGGUGAGACGAGUCACGCGGAGCCACAAGAUCCUCCCUCCCACCAACACUCAGCCCCGCCCACCAUACAGCCGCAAGCCAAUCAACUACCAGCAGCUGGACAGCUUGGGCCAUGGCAUGAAGGUCUCUGGGAAACAGUCGGACAAAACCGGAACGAUCCGCAAACACGGCGCCUCCGUCAGGUCCAACAAAGCUCCAGAGGCUGUCCAGUGCCCGGUGGUGCCCCCUGCUGGCAGUUCCAGCUUUGGGAAACCUGUAGCACCACCCACCAUCCCCACCAUAGCGCAGGCACCACCUGAGGCUGACAUCAUCACCACACUGCUGGACAAUGCCCCGCCCCCUCCUCCUGCACCAAAUGAGGUGCCAGCUCCAGACAGUGAAGCCACCUUGGCCCUGCCUCCUCCACCUCCUCUUCCUGUUGCCUCAGGAGAUAUGUUGGGUGCACCCCCUCCUCCUCCUCCACCUCCACUGUUUUUGGAUACUAAGGCUAGCCACAGCACUCCACCCCCAGCUCCACUCCCAGCUCCACCCCCAGCUCCACCCCUCAGCCUUGAAACAGUGGUAGAAGAGAACAGCUUUCCCUCUCCCUCCCCGCCUCCUCCCCUUCCUCUGUCUGAAGAUGACGGCUUUCCUCCGUUGCCCAGUGACGGAUCAGACCUGCUGGCUCCACCUCCUCCACCUGACCAGGAAGUAGAUGUGACCCUCCCAUUCAGGAGGAGUCGCCGCCGUUGCUCACCCCCCACCACUCGCUCUCUCUCGCUGAGGGUCCGCUCAGGCCCUGCCUCCCGCUGCCGCUACACUCGCUCUCUGUUCCUGCCUACCGUCCAAUCACUCAUGAUCCCUCCACCUCCCUCCUACCCUCCACCCUGCGCUCCGCCUCACCCUCCCUCCUCAUCCUCCUCGUUCUUCUCCUCCUCUUCGUCUCGGCUGUGCUUACCUGCUCGUCUUGAACACCUGGAUCUGGAGAUCCCAGCCCCACCUCCUCCACUCCUAUUGGAUGAUGAGACGCGAUUUGAUGACAUACCGCCCCUCCCACCGCCGGUGGACUAUGACACCAGCGCCCCCCCAGAUUACCUAGAGAAAGUGAGGGCGCUGUACAGCUAUGAGGCCGUGAAGCCUGACGAGCUUUCCUUCACUGAGGGUGACAUCAUCUACCUGACUCAGCGCCAUGACGACGGAUGGUUUGAGGGCAUCCUCAACGGCAAACAGGGCUUCUUCCCCGAGAACUAUGUCGAAUCAUGUGGCUAGCUGAAGCCCCGCCCCCCUGCAGUGAUAAAUGGUCAAACUGUAGCUUCCACUGAAUGAUUGUUAAUGUAGGUUAACUUAUUGCACACCUGGAAGCAGGUAGAUGUCUCUCUUCUGAGCUUCUGAUUGGUUUCCUGAUAACUGAUGAAUAAUGAAAAUAAAGGUGAUUUUCUGAAUGCAACGGCUGUGUCUCUCCCUACAGUGUGUCCUCCGGCCCUUAGAGGGUGCUGUCUCCUGUCUCU